AUGACGCCCGCACAAGUUGUUUUUACUGUGGAUUUCUUCGACUCGUACUACUUCGCUACAUUCAUCCCGUCCACAGCUCUAAAGGCGCUGGUAGCAGUGAUGGCUGUGGAUUUUGUCCAGACGGCAAGUGAGAUGUUCGAGCUGCGCCAGAACACGCAAAAAAUACUGGCUCAACUCCGUCAACAGGCAGACUCACUCGGCGAAAAUGACAACCUUCUCGACGCUAUCCGUGUGCUUUGCAACACUCCAAAAACCCUCCGGAUUCGAACACACAGUGAUAUCAAGAUUCGCUCGUGCAUUUAUCACCAACUAUCGCAGGAGAAUAGGCUGCUGCUUCGUAGAAUUGAAUCCAGUUCAACUCCUGACCCUAGUUCAUACGUGCAUCAGGGUUCCUUAAGUAAGGCCCACGUGUCACCGAGAACAACACCAUCAACUUCUGUUCCUGCUGCAACAAGUUUGCGCAAUAUGGUCGCUAUCCAGUAUCUUCCUCUUAAAGGUAAAGCCACCAAGGGGAAGAGCGCAAGCGAUGCAAAACAGUUGAGAAAAGCUUCACCGGUCCAGCAGGGCGUUGCCUCUUCGAGUAUUCUCCAGGAUACGCUGGAAGUACUGUUCACGUCGGAGUGUCUCGUGUUGACCGAGUAUGUGGAAGUUUUCAUACCGCUGUUCUACGCUAGCUUUGUCGUGGCAAUGGUGCACUUACCCAGUGCCCAAUACCACAUUGAAAUGGCGGGUAUUACACACGAGAAUGUUGACGGCAUUGUUUCAACGAUUUUCCUGUACGCGCUGCUUGAAUUCGUAUCGUUGGUGCUUUUGGUGAUCGUUACGAAGCGCAAUUGCGGUCUCAAUGCACUCUACCAGUUGGCGUUCGUGCUCGAGACACAGUUAUCUUUCAUUCUGGCUACUUUGAUGCAAUGGAUAUUUUUCACAUUGACCCUCCGUGUUUCACAUUUCGGUAAGUUCGUAUACAUCUGCUCUUGUGCAUUCAAAACUCUCGUUGAUGGCUGA